UGUUUAUGAGCUGCUGCAAUGGAUCUGGAUGGAAGAGAAGGCCUGAAUGAUGCCUGUCCUGCAGUAUACCGUGCUGCACUGAAGCUUCGAUCCCUGCAGAAACUAUGCCACAUGCAUAUGGUCUUGAUCCAGGAUUUGCGCUCAGCUCUCUGGGCUGUAGGUGACUCUGGGAAUACUUCCCAAGAAAACUUGAAACAGAGCCUAGAACAACUCUUCAAGGGCGUUUUACAGAAAUUCCCUGUUCAUGUGGUACCAGAAGCUACAGAGCAGACUGCCAGACUUCUCUUCAAGCUGUAUGACAGGGAGAAGACUGGCUUUGUCCUUCUCAGAUCUGUGGAAGCGGCAUUGAUAGUGCUUUCAGGGGACACACUUUCAGCUAAACACAGAGCUCUGUUCCAGCUGGCUGUGAGCUGUAGCAGAAGACAAGGCACAGAGGACACUUUUGUUAGCCGUGCCAGUCUCAGGAACCUUCUUGAUGACCUUAGUCAGGUGCCAGCUGUGGUUCAGGAGAGCCAUGUGUUUGGUCCUGUGGAGGCUGCAAUCCAAUCCUGCUUCACUGGGAUUAUCAGUGGGAGGACAGAGGAGGAGCAUUUUGUGAGCUGGCUGCAGUCAGAGCCCCGUUUGCUGCUGUGGCUGUCCACCCUUUACAGACUUUCAGUUAGCGAAGCAGUACAGCACAGAGUGCGCUGCCACACUUGCAAGGCCUUCCCCAUCACAGGCCUCAGGUAUCGCUGUUUGAAGUGUUUGAACGUCCACCAAUGCCAAAACUGUUUCCUGAACAAGAAACAUACAAGGAAGCACAAGCCUUCGCAUCCAGUCCUGGAAUACUGCACUCAGCCCUCAUGGAAGGAAUCAGUGGCAUCAUUGGCAUCCAGUGCCCGCCAUGUUCUUCUGCCACGGCGCUACACCAGGAGAGAAACAGAGAGGAGGAGAGCUCUUAUAGCUAGAUCUAAUGAGGAGACACAUGACAGGUGUGCUCUUUCCAUCAGUGUAUCAGGGCUGCAGCAGCAGGAGUGUGUGGGUAAUCUGGAAGGCAUGGACAUCAUUGUCUCUGAAAAUGUUCCUCUUCCUCCUCCUCUUCUCCAUCCUGCUCCGCAACUUAACAUGGAAUCAAAAUCACUCCAGACAGAUGAGUGUGACACCCAGCCUCAGAGAAAGAUGUCAUUACUCCAAAAAGACCUUAGCAUCACGCAAAACACUAUGAAAGAGCUGCAGAGAGAUAAAGGGCUUUUGGAGAAAGAGUUUCAGGUGUGGAAAGUAGCUGCACAGUCAGAGCAUGACUCUCUGGAAGACCGGUGCAAGGAGCUGGAAGUCACCAUGGGGGCACUGAUCCAACACAACCACCAGCUGGAGCAGGAGCUAGCACAAGUCAGAUAUCCGUCAUGGAAGGAAUCAGUGGCAUCAUUGGCAUCCAGUGCCCGCCAUGUUCUUCUGCCACGGCGCUACACCAGGAGAGAAACAGAGAGGAGGAGAGCUCUUAUAGCUAGAUCUAAUGAGGAGACACAUGACAGGUGUGCUCUUUCCAUCAGUGUAUCAGGGCUGCAGCAGCAGGAGUGUGUGGGUAAUCUGGAAGGCAUGGACAUCAUUGUCUCUGAAAAUGUUCCUCUUCCUCCUCCUCUUCUCCAUCCUGCUCCGCAACUUAACAUGGAAUCAAAAUCACUCCAGACAGAUGAGUGUGACACCCAGCCUCAGAGAAAGAUGUCAUUACUCCAAAAAGACCUUAGCAUCACGCAAAACACUAUGAAAGAGCUGCAGAGAGAUAAAGGGCUUUUGGAGAAAGAGUUUCAGGUGUGGAAAGUAGCUGCACAGUCAGAGCAUGACUCUCUGGAAGACCGGUGCAAGGAGCUGGAAGUCACCAUGGGGGCACUGAUCCAACACAACCACCAGCUGGAGCAGGAGCUAGCACAAGUCAGAUAUCCGUCAUGGAAGGAAUCAGUGGCAUCAUUGGCAUCCAGUGCCCGCCAUGUUCUUCUGCCACGGCGCUACACCAGGAGAGAAACAGAGAGGAGGAGAGCUCUUAUAGCUAGAUCUAAUGAGGAGACACAUGACAGGUGUGCUCUUUCCAUCAGUGUAUCAGGGCUGCAGCAGCAGGAGUGUGUGGGUAAUCUGGAAGGCAUGGACAUCAUUGUCUCUGAAAAUGUUCCUCUUCCUCCUCCUCUUCUCCAUCCUGCUCCGCAACUUAACAUGGAAUCAAAAUCACUCCAGACAGAUGAGUGUGACACCCAGCCUCAGAGAAAGAUGUCAUUACUCCAAAAAGACCUUAGCAUCACGCAAAACACUAUGAAAGAGCUGCAGAGAGAUAAAGGGCUUUUGGAGAAAGAGUUUCAGGUGUGGAAAGUAGCUGCACAGUCAGAGCAUGACUCUCUGGAAGACCGGUGCAAGGAGCUGGAAGUCACCAUGGGGGCACUGAUCCAACACAACCACCAGCUGGAGCAGGAGCUAGCACAAGUCAGAUAUCCGUCAUGGAAGGAAUCAGUGGCAUCAUUGGCAUCCAGUGCCCGCCAUGUUCUUCUGCCACGGCGCUACACCAGGAGAGAAACAGAGAGGAGGAGAGCUCUUAUAGCUAGAUCUAAUGAGGAGACACAUGACAGGUGUGCUCUUUCCAUCAGUGUAUCAGGGCUGCAGCAGCAGGAGUGUGUGGGUAAUCUGGAAGGCAUGGACAUCAUUGUCUCUGAAAAUGUUCCUCUUCCUCCUCCUCUUCUCCAUCCUGCUCCGCAACUUAACAUGGAAUCAAAAUCACUCCAGACAGAUGAGUGUGACACCCAGCCUCAGAGAAAGAUGUCAUUACUCCAAAAAGACCUUAGCAUCACGCAAAACACUAUGAAAGAGCUGCAGAGAGAUAAAGGGCUUUUGGAGAAAGAGUUUCAGGUGUGGAAAGUAGCUGCACAGUCAGAGCAUGACUCUCUGGAAGACCGGUGCAAGGAGCUGGAAGUCACCAUGGGGGCACUGAUCCAACACAACCACCAGCUGGAGCAGGAGCUAGCACAAGUCAGAUAUGCAUUGAGUAGAAGAGAAAGAGAUGAGUAUGGAAGUGACAUCCCCACUACUCCUCAGCAACCCAGCAGAGAUAACACCACCCAGAAGCAGUUUACAGAAUCUGAAUGUCCAGCUUCAUGCACUACUACAGAAAAGGAUCAGGAAUUGAGUGAGACAGAACAGAAGAUGGAAGAAGAAGAAGAAGAAGAAGAAGGAAGAGAAGAAAAAGAAGAAGAAGAAGGAAGAGAAGAAGAAGAAGAAGAAGAAAAAGAAGGAGAAGAAGAAGAAGGAAAAGGAGAAGGAGACGAAGAAAGAAAAGGAGAAGAAGAAGAAAAAGGAGGAGGAAAAGAAGGAAAAGGAGAAGGAGGAAAAGAAGAAGCAGAAGGAGAAGAGAUUCUGAAUCGGAUGCAAGAAGAAAGGCAUACAGAUGUACUAUUUACAGAACAUGUUGGGGAGUCUGAAGAAGAGGAGGAGAAUGAGUGGGAGGAGGAAGAGGAGCCACAUCUUUACAGACAACAGUUUAUUGAAAAUUAUACAACCCUUGAUGCUCCUGUCAAUGUGGGGGAUUCUGGAACAGAUAACUUAGAUGAGGAAGAAGAGCUUUAUGACCUUGUGGAGAGACUUCAUAGUGCACUUCUAUCCACACUAACAGGAUGUGGUUCAUGGCAAACAGAAGCACUGCUACAGGCAGCAGGAGAGGUUGGAGAUUCGUUGUUUCAUCUUGUUACUGCUCUCAAAUCAAUCACUUCACCCAGAGAGGACACAGAACAGACAAACAAACUUAAACCCUACACAUUUUCUUGUUAAAUUUAAUACUGUUUAUAAAGAGGUGUUGUAAAUUAUUGAUUUAUUUUGUACUAUUUUGACGGCUGAAUCUGAUGGUACUUUAGGUGAGUCAAGUACACAACUAUGUAGAAAUAUAAAAACCUUUUUCUUUUUUUAAAGUUUUCCUUUUUUUUUUUUUUUUA